AUGUGCGUGACUGUCCCCGCAGCUAGACCUAUUCUGUGGCGCCCCGGACGCCACCGUACACUCCGCCUUCCAGCGCGCUCCCGCACGCGCCCGCCCUGCCACAGCCGCCGCGCGCCGAGGCUGUCCCAGCGGCCCCGGCUCCGGCACGAGGACGCGCCCAUUCCCCUCCCCUCAAGCAGGAGAGGCCCUGGCUCCUCCAGCCUACCCACCCUACCCUACCCCACCCCACCCCACAGGCCAGGCACUCGAGCCGCCAGGGCCUCUAUCCCCCCUCUUCCCCGGCCGGCUACUAGGCCGGCCCCCUUCCCUUCCCCUAGCCGUCCACACCCACGCGUACAGAGGGGCCGGGGCCUCCCUCAACUGCGGCCGCGGCCUCCUCCCCGCGCGGCAGCUGGUGCCUCCCCAGCCCUACGGGGCUCACGCGCACGACACAGCCACAAGAUGUCCGCUCUGACGGAACUACUGCCAGCUGCCACGCUCCGCCCCUCCCCCCUCCUCCUGCCUCUUCACCGCCGCGUAUCAGUCCGCCACCGCUGCCGUCGGGAGCACAGGACGAGACCUAAGACUGAAGGGGAACGGGUUCCUUCCCACGUCCAAGGCCGAGGAUAUCUGCUACCCGAUUUUCCUUCUUUUCGGAACAGCGCCUUCUUACUAAACAGAUUGGAGGGCCACAAACUUAUGAAACUUGGUCAAGAAAUCAGAGUUUUGGGUCCGAAAACUCGAUACUCACUGAAACAUCCAGAAGAAACAGAAAAAUGGGAUUGGCCUGUUUUAUUCAGCUAGGUGUAAAGUACGGCGAGUGAUUUUGCUAUCUAGUGCGUCUUUCUGUCAAACCCUAGUAAGACAUUUCUAAAAGAAAAAGGGUAACUUAACCUGGUCACUUUUCUAACAUUUGUCAAAUGACCCCGCUUAAUAAAGUGGAGAUCUUUAAGAAUUAAAUGGAAAUAUAAACUUGUAUAUAUACUUCUUAAAAAAAGAAA